GGUAACAAGGGCCGCGAACGUUCGGCCUGUGGAACGUGGUGAAUCGGGGAGGGGCCGAACCAGGCUGCUGUGACCUCGCGGGGGGUGGGCUCGGGCCAGCCCCCUUCUCGUGCUGCGUGUAUUGGAGGUCACCCGGCCUCCUGUUGCUGCAGCUGCUCCCAGCCCCACGGAGCUCACUAGGUGCUCCCAGUUCCAGGGGACUCUUCCCAGCUGGUAGGAGCAGGUGCCCCACGCCGGUCUCUCUGCGGGAAAAGGACGUCGCAACCAGUCUUUAAACCAUGAGCUCCCUCACGAUCCACUCCUUCCGGGAGAUGAUGAAAAGCCUGCUGAGCUCAUCCAACUUUGAUCGGGUGUUGAGUAAGAUGACAGUUCUUUCUGCAACUCCUGGAAAGAUUGUUUGUGAAAUGAAAAUAGAGGAGGAGCACACAAACAGAGGUGGCACAUUGCAUGGAGGUUUGACCGCCACACUGGUAGACGUAGUGUCAACAGCAGCAUUGUUGUACACAGAAAGAGGAAUGCCUGGGGUCAGUGUGGAUAUGAACAUUACAUACAUGUCUGCUGCUAAGAUUGGGGAAGAGAUAUUGAUCACAGCUCAGAUUCUGAAGCAAGGAAGAAGUAUUGCCUUUGCCAGCGUGGAUGUAACAAACAAGGCAACAGGAAAGUUUGUAGCACAAGGCAGACAUACUAAAUACCUAGGACAGUAAUAUAAGAAAAUAUCUAAAAAGGAAAGUUUGUGCUUAAGAAGCUAGCAUUGAUUUUUUUUUCUAUUUUAAGCUGUAUCAAAUUACCACAAUCUGAAGGCAGUUAAAUGAUCUAUGUAAAAUGAGUUGGUCUCAGUCCCAUUCCUAGUGGAAAAGGGUUCACAUUGUAAUUGGCACUAAUUCUGAGCUUGUUGCAGUCUUGGUAGAGAGACCAAGGACUGAAGAGACAUGGAGACCAAUGUACUUUUUUUGUGCCUGAAGAUAAGGUCAGUAUUGAGGCUCACUGGUGGUACUGUGUGGGGAAGCUUUCUGCUCCCCAUUUUGUACCUCUCUCAUGAAAAUAUGUUUCUAGUCUCCAGGGCUGUCAGUUCAUAAACUUUCAAAAAUCAAAGCAACUAAUCAACUGCAUUUUUUUGGUCCUAUACUGUAAAGUGAUAUUAAAGUAACAGGUGUUACAAGUGCA